GGAAGCUGCAAUCGGGACCAAUGAAAGCAUGAAAUCCUCACCCACCCAGUGACUAAGACCUGGCUAUAUAUUUAAGAACUUUUGCAGACCUGGGCUGUAGGGUUUUAUUUGCCUUGUACUCAGCCAGUCACCAACUCCCCUGAUUUUGGGGGGAAGCUCCAGGCUAAAGACAGAGCUCCAGGCCCAGCAGGCAACAUGUGUUAUGGCAGAUGUGCCCGGUGCAUUGGGUACUCCCUGGUGGGCCUCGCCGUCCUGUGUAUCGUCGCCAAUAUCUUGCUGUAUUUUCCCAAUGGGGAGACAAAGUAUGCCAGUGAAGACCACCUGAGUCGUUUCGUCUGGUUCUUCUCAGGUAUCGUAGGAGGGGGCCUUCUGAUGCUCCUCCCUGCUUUUGUAUUUAUUGGACUGGAGGAAGAAGACUGCUGUGGAUGCUGCGGACAUGAGAACUGCGGGAAGAGCUGUGCGAUGCUCUCCUCGGUGCUGGCGGCCCUCGUCGGAAUUGCAGGAUCGGGUUAUUGUGUAAUCAUCGCAGCUCUUGGCUUAGCUGAAGGUCCCCGAUGUCUUGAUCGCUAUGGCCAAUGGAACUACACCUUUGCCCCCACCAAUGGAAAUUACCUUACUGAUCCCUCCCAAUGGUCCAAGUGCAUCGAACCCAAGAAUAUUGUGCAAUGGAAUGUGACCCUGUUUUCCAUCCUCUUGGCACUUGGAGCAAUCGAAUUCAUCUUGUGUCUCAUCCAGAUAAUAAAUGGCAUACUUGGAGGCAUAUGUGGUUUUUGCUGUCCCCAUCAACAGCAAUAUGACUGCUAGAAGAAGCACCCCAGAGGACAGACCAAAAUCUUCCUGAAUUUCACUGUAAUUUAUGUUUCAUUUUUAUUAAUUUGUAAAACUUCAUAUUAGUAUUUGUAUCAUAUUUGCAUAUAAUUUACUUUUAUAAAUCGGUAUAGAGACUGGUAUGUCUGUGCUAUGGCAAGACCUGAACUUGGUGAUAUCAGGACUCAUUCAAUGCAUGAGAAACUUAAACCUAUUUUCUAGAGGAUUUUCACUGGAAUAAGUGGAGACAUCUCCCUAGCAUAUCAGGGCACAAAAUUAA